CGCCUUCAUUUAUUGAUUUCUUCUCUCCGCUUCCACUUUUAACGGCUCCCAAUAACAACAUUUUCUCCACUCAUUCACUCAAUCACUGACUCUUUACUCUUUUAGACCAUUUCUCUCUGAAAUCAGAAAAAAAAAAAAAUGACCGGAGGCUGCAGAAGAAAAAUCGAGAUUUACGAAUCAUCACCAUCAUUCUUCAUCAAGGAAACAUCCAUCUUCAAACCUAAUCCAUUCUCAUUUCCGUCAUUUGAAGAUGAUGAAGAAUUCCUAGGGUUUAAUUUGAAGCCUGAUCUAUGUUUAUUCAAUUCACCACCACCGCAAUGUCUCUUUACUCCUUUCGAUUUCUUCGACAACGUUGCCGAUCUUAUCCAGAUUGAGAAAACACCGUUCCAAUCAACUUACAAGAGGAUUCGACAACGAUCAGCAGGAGGAAAUGAUGCUUACAUCAAGAGUCUAUGUGAUCGUGUUGCUGCACUGGAAACUGGACUUGAUCGAGUUUCGAAGGAGAAGAAGAUGAUGAAGACGAAGAAGAAGAACAACGUCAAACCACCACCACCGCAACAGCAAGAUCGGAAGUAUUCAUGGACGGCUGAGAUUAAAACUGAUGACAAAGAUGGUGUUGAUAGGAAGUAUAAAUGGUCAGCUGAGAUCAAAAGUGGUGAAGAUGAAGAUGAUGUGCAGAAGAAUUAUAAAUGGAUUGCUGAGAUUAGAGGAAAAGGGAAAGAAGCUGCGUCUACUAGAACUUAUACAUACAAGGCUUCAACGCUGCCGUCUUCUGCUGGUCAUGAAAAUGUGGAUAAGAACAAGGAUAAGAAGAAGAAGGAAAAGAACAAGGACUCAUCUUCUGGGAAAUCUACGGUUCAGAUUGAAGAAGAACCUGUUGAUCCAAGAGUGGUUGCUCUCAAACAUGCUUUUGAAAGGAGAGGCUCUGUUGCUAACAAUGUGAAGGGAAAGAAGAAAGAGUUGUCACCACAAGAUGCUGCAAUGAUGAUUCAGAUUAACUUUAGAGCUUAUCUCAUUCGGCGUUCUCAGGCUCUUAGGGCCUUGCGUGAGCUAGCUUUGGCCAAAGCUAAGUUGAAGGAGCUUAGGAUAUUGUUUAACAACUUUUCAUACAGGCAUCGUAUUGUUCGUGAUGGUGAAGAACGUCAGAAGUUCUCUGAGAAGAUUAUUAUUCUUCUGCUCACUGUUGAUGCAAUUGAGGGAGCUGAUCUUAUGGUUCGAGCAGCAAGGAGAUCAAUGGUGGAUGAACUGGAAGCAAUGCUUGAAGUAGUGGACCCCCAGCCUCCAGGAAAAUUGGGUUCAAUGAAACGGAGAAGGUUUGAUUUACCAGAAGGUGGGUUCCAAAAGGAGAUUGCUGAGGGUGUGGCAGAGGUUGUACACAUGCUCAACCAAGAAGAAAGGAAUGGUGGAACCUUUGAAGUGUGCUUGUGAGUAAUUAACUUUUUAGAGGCUCUGUUAGGCUGUUGCAUGUUUGGCUUCCCCUUGAGUACUGGAUGUUUUCUAUUUAGCAUGGACCUUUAGUUUCUUUGGUAUGUCAAGACUUUAAUGUUUGUAACUUUGAAUAACAGAUCCUCAUCGACUCUUUUGUAGUCUCUACUUGGAGCUUACUAACCUUAUACUCAUAGAUGAAUGCUGUGAUUUUAGGGAUUUAGUUUA